CCAAAGCGCGCCUCCGUUAGCCUCUCGACUCGACACAUCCCUCGAGUUGACCGACUGAGCGGCGCCUUACCCCCCUCUAGUGUCGGACGGACCCAAGACAGAAGACACUCCCCCCACCCAAGCACUACACAGCGAGCGAGCGACUGUAGCAGUGGGCUCAAAGCAGCAUGGGGCUCACCGGCGCGGGCAUCAUCGCCUCCGUCGUGGGCAUCCUGGGCGGCGUGUCGCUCUCGUGCGGCGGCUGGUCGUCGCUGUCCCUCGGCGCGCGCUCCCUCUUCGUCACGACGCAGUUCCUCUCGGCCUUUGCCAUGGGGUUCGUCGUUGCCUUCACCGCCAUCUCGUCGCUGACGGACACUAACGAGUGGAUCGCCGUCGCUGCCGGCGGUGGCGCGGGCUUCGUGGUCGCGCUCAUCGUGGGCUUCAUGACGAUCUUCGGACCGUACAUCCUUAUCCUGGUCACGGGCGGCAUCAUCGCGUGCUACCUGCUGCUCAUCGACGCCUACGACGGUGUGAACCUCUUCCCGGCCGACAACCAGCUGGCGCGCCAGGAGUUCGUGAUCGCCUUCAUGAUCAUCUUCGAGCUCGUGUGCUGCUCGUCCUCCAAGACGUCAGAGCUGGAGAACCACCGCUUCAAGUACAUCAUCUUCUCGGCCAUCACUGGCGGCUGGAUGGCGUCGGACGGUGUUUCCCGUCUCAUUGACUCGACGGCUGUGCUCUCGGACGUGGGCUUCACCUCGAUCCAGGAUGGCGGCUCGGCCGCGCUCAAGGGCAUCGACGGCAGCGCGCAGACGCUCAUGUUCCUGAUCUGGGGCGCCGUCUUCGUUGUCGGCGGCCUGAACCAGCUCUCGAUGCGCUGGGGACUCAUGUGCUACAACCGCGUGGGCGCCCACGCCCAGCUCGGCCCCGUCGAGGAGCAGAUGCCGGAGCUGCCCACGGGCGCAACGCUGCCCGCGCAGACCAUGAACGAGCGUGUCCGCCUUGUGUGCGAGAACUGUUUUGCUACGGUGCCCAGCGGCACGGCCUUCUGUACCGAGUGUGGUGAGGCCAUGCCCUCGGACGAAGCCGACCCGAACGUCAGCAUCUCGCAGGCCCAGAUGCCGUCGGUCACGAUGAACAACAAGUCGCAGGUCCCCGACCGCUGGCAGCAGGUGCCGCACCGCACGUACCUCAGCACGACGUCGUUCGUCGACCCCAAGCACGCCAAGGAGGGCGGCGUGAGCAUGAAGGACAACGGCCGCAGCAUCCGCUUCAUGGACUCGGGUGUGCAGGGCCCGGACGGCAAGAUGAGCCAGUACAACGACUCCAUCGCUGGCGUGCGCAACUACUACGAGCCUUCGUUCCGUUCGUUCGCCAUGUCGACCUACUCGAUCGCUAACCGUGCAGCUGAGCCCGUGGACACGCCCAACAUCCGCAAGUACAAGAUGUCUGGCAGUGGCAUGUUUCACGUCUUCUACUUCGGCACGGCUGCUACGGGCGUCUUCUGGCUGUACUACUUGACUACGAUGUACCCGCAGCAGUACUUCUGCGACCAUGCCCGCCCGACGCUUCCCUGCAGUGCGCUGCCCAGCAGUGAAACUUCGGGCUGCUACAGUUCGACGGUCAACUUCGACGCCGACUCCGGCGAGGGUUACUGCAUCCAGGACGUGCCGUUCAUGUCGUGGCUCAUGUACGCGAUGAUGAUCUUCAGUGAGUUCCUCAACUACUUCCUGGGUCUGCUGUUCAACUUCAGUAUGUGGCGCCCUAUCCGUCGUGGUGCUCGUUACAUGAACGACUUCAAGCCGCCUAUCCCGAAGGAGCAGUGGCCGACGGUCGACAUCUUCCUGUGUCACUACAUGGAACCUGUGACGGACUCCAUGGCUACGCUAAAGAACUGUCUUGCUAUGCAGUACCCUCCGGAGCUGCUCCAUAUUUUCGUCCUUGAUGAUGGUUACGCCAAGUCCGUGUGGGACGCCAACAACCACUUCAAGGUUACGGUGAACACGAAGGUGAUAGAGAUCUGUGGUGACCUGCGUGGCGAUGUCGCCCGCAUCAUGCACGAGCGUGUGGUCGGCCCCGUGCAGGACGACCAGUCCCUGAAGACGUGGCGUCGCCAGCACAGCUCUGUGCGUGAACUCCGCAAGGAGGGCAGCAAGGGUGUGCAGCGUCGUGACUGUGCCGUCGGCUCGCUGUCAGACGACUACGACUACCGUGACCGCGGUAUCCCGCGUGUGACUUUCAUUGGUCGCAUGAAGCCCGAGACCCACCACUCCAAGGCCGGUAACAUCAAUAACGCCCUGUUCAACGAAGGCGCCGACGGCAAGUACCUGCUGAUUCUGGAUAACGAUAUGAAGCCGCACCCGAAGUUCCUGCUCGCCGUGCUGCCGUUCUUCUUCUCGGAGGGCGAGGCUGUGGACGGUGGAGGCCGCCAGUACAGUGACGACAUCUCGUGGAACCAGGUGUCGUACGUGCAGACACCGCAGUACUUCGAGGACACGCCGCAGCUGACGAUCAUGGGUGACCCGUGUGGACACAAGAACACCAUUUUCUUCGACGCUGUGCAGUGUGGCCGUGAUGGUUUCGACUCGGCAGCUUUCGCCGGUACGAACGCCGUUUUCCGUCGCCAGGCUUUCGACUCGAUCGGUGGCAUUCAGUACGGUACCCAGACAGAAGAUGCCUACACGGGUAACGUGCUGCACACUUCCGGCUGGGACUCCGUGUACUUCCGUAAGGAUUUCGAGGGCGAUGCCAAGGACCGCAUCCGUCUGUGUGAAGGUGCCGUGCCCGAAACGGUCGCUGCCGCCAUGGGUCAGAAGAAGCGUUGGGCCAAGGGUGCCGUGCAGAUUCUGCUGAUGAAAAAUGAAAGCGAGGUGGACCCAGACUGGCGUCCGCCGCGUGUGCCUGCCCCGGACCCGAAGCCGUCGCUCGCGUUCCCGCGUAAGAUGUUCUUCUACGACUCGGUGCUGUACCCGUUCGGUUCGAUCCCCGCUCUGUGUUACGUGGCUAUCGCUAUCUACUACCUCUGCACGGGUGACGCUCCUAUCUACGCUCGCGGUACCAAGUUCCUGUACUCUUUCUUGCCCGUGACGUUCUGCCGUUGGGUGCUCAACUUGCUGGCCAACCGCGCCGUCGACAACAACGAUGUGUGGCGUGCCCAGCAGACGUGGUUCUCCUUCUCCUUCAUCACGAUGAUGGCUAUCGUGGAGGCCAUCCAGGCGCGUGUGACGGGCAAGGACAAGUCGUGGGCCAACACGGGUGCCGGUCAGAAGACGUCGUGGACGGAAAUCCCCAACGUGCUGUUCUUCUUCACGCUGCUCUUCAGUCAGUUGGUGGCGCUGAUCCGAUUCUUCGAGUACGAGAACGCCACGAACCCGUGGAACUACGUGUCUGCCAUGUUCUUCGGCUUCUUCGUCAUGAGCCAGUUCUACCCUAUGGUCAAGAUGAGUAUCACGGAGUACUGUGGCUGGGACCACACGGCCGCGACGUUCACGGCCAACGUGUUCGGCUCGCUGCUGGUGGUGUACAUUGUGGUAUUCGUGCAGCUGUGGCAGGUCUACUACGAGGGCAACCUCCAGGUGUCCCAGGGCACAGCAGGUUCCACUUCGUCUUAG